GAUAAAAUGCAUAUUAAAGACAAGCUGGCCCAUGCGGAGGCCACUGGACGCCCUGGCAUUUCCUUCGAAUUUUUCCCUCCGAAAACGGCGCAGGGUGUACAGAAUCUUUACGACCGCAUGGACCGUAUGCAUGGAUAUGGGCCAUCCUUUAUUGACAUCACAUGGGGUGCGGGAGGGCGAUUGUCGGAGCUGACCUGUGAAAUGGUGAAUGUGGCGCAAUCGGUGUACGGUUUGGAAACAUGUAUGCAUCUCACUUGUACAGAUAUGCCUCGCGAGAAAGUUGACGCUGCGAUUCAGAGUGCGUUCAAGGCGGGGUGUACGAACAUUUUGGCUUUGCGUGGUGACCCUCCUCGAGAGAAAGAGAAAUGGGAGGCUAUUGAGGGUGGGUUCCGUUACGCUAAAGAUCUAGUCAAAUAUAUUCGUGAUAAAUAUGGCAACCACUUCGAUAUAGGGGUUGCUGGAUAUCCCGAAGGCUGCGAUGACCAAGAUGACCCUGACUUGCUUAUGCAACAUUUAAAAGAAAAGGUUGAUGCGGGGGGAACAUUUAUUAUUACACAAAUGUUCUACGAUGUCGAUAACUUCUUGGCCUGGGUCAACAAAUGUCGCGAAAAUGGGAUUACGGUACCGAUUAUACCUGGCAUCAUGCCAAUUCACACGUACGCUGCGUUCAUUAGAAGAUCGAACUGGACAAAAAUUAGAAUCCCUCCUGAUUGGUUAGAGGCAUUGGAACCUGUGAAGAAUGAUGAUGCAGCCGUGAGAAACCUGGGCAAAUCUCUCGUGGCUAAUAUGUGCAGGAAAAUACUUGCGGCUGGGAUCUACCACCUGCAUUUCUACACGAUGAAUUUGCAACAAGCAACCAAAAUGGUGCUUGGUGAACUAGAAUUGAUACCGUCUCAUAAAACCCCUCUGCAAAAGCCACUUCCGUGGCGGCAAUCUCUUGGACUUGGCCGAAGAGAAGAAGAUGUGCGACCAAUCUUUUGGAGACAUCGACACCAAUCAUACGUGGCUCGUACUCAAACAUGGGAUGAAUAUCCAAAUGGCCGUUGGACUGACUCUCGAUCUCCUGCAUUUGGAGAGCUAGAUACUUACGGUGUUGGCCUGAAGGGAACCAACGAGCAAAAUAUCAAACUCUGGGGAGAGCCAAAAUCACUCAAGGAGCUAUCCGAGAUUUUCGUGCGUUUUUUGAAUGGCAACCUUGAUAGACUUCCAUGGAGCGAGGGGGCUGUUACAGAGGAAACAGAUGUCCUUAAACUGGAUUUGCUCGACCUGAACCGGAGGGGUUUCCUGACUAUCAACUCCCAACCUGCGAUUGAUGGCAUGCCCUCAUCUCACCCAGUCUACGGAUGGGGUCCGAAGAACGGAUACGUUUACCAAAAGGCAUACCUAGAGCUUCUUAUUUCACCCACAGUGAUCGAUGAUGUUAUUAGCCGCAUCGAACAAAAUCCCGACCUGACCUAUUAUUGCGUCAAUAAAAAAGGAGAAUUGAGGACAAAUACGACCGAUAGUCCUAAUGCAGUUACAUGGGGAAUUUUCGCUUCCAAAGAAAUUAUCCAGCCCACAAUUGUUGAAACAAUUAGCUUCUUGGCUUGGAAGGAUGAAGCGUAUCGACUGGGAGACGACUGGGCCAAGUGCCACGUAGCAUCGAGUCCCAGCAGACGCAUCAUUCAACAAGUGAUGGACAGCUGGUAUUUGGUCAAUAUUGUGAACAACGAUUUCCAUAAAACACAUGACAUAUUCAACAUUUUCAAGGAUCUCAAAGUCGAAAACCUAAAUGUACAAGUAGAACCCAUUGCCCCGGCAGCUGAACUUGUUGACAAUACCCGGGAAAAUAGCCAGGAUCCUCAGAAACAGGUCAACGGCAGUUCAACAGAACUAACUGAGUCCAAGCAAGAGAUCCCCUCCAAUUAAUCUUCGACUGUUCCUCCCCUGUUUAUCUCCUUGGACCGAUUUAUUGCCGUUAUCAUCCCGUCAUGCAAUCCUGAUUCAACAACGAUUCAACAAACGCGAGAUAUUUUCCCCUACUAAACCACUUAUCCCUGUUCGUUGUUUAUCAAAAUGAACUGCAACCAGGCAAACCACUCCUCCAAAUUUUUUUCCUUAGGAAUUCAACAUAAAGCGCUUCUCCUACCUACGCACCCCCUUCAACCUUACCCGCCAUUCUCAUGCAUAUACCCAAGCAGUACACGACCACUUCUUUCCAACGACACAUUCAACAUUAUAUAGAGAUGAAAACCCGAGAAUUCGCAGCACAGCAUGGUAACACUGGAAAAUCCUCUUGUUUAUUUUUAUUUUUUUUGUUUUUUAUUGUCUUUAUCUUUUCCAUUUUUGCUACUCUUGAUUUUCAACAAUACCCAGACAAAAGGCAAGGCGAAUGAAGGCUUCGUGGGAUUUGGGAAUGCUCAAAAAAUUAAUGACGGCAAUGAAACUGGACGGCAAAUUAUGACAGAUCAAGAGAGAAGUAUUUGAUCCAAUGUAUUUGCCUGAGAAUAUGUAUUCAACACACAUGGGAACAUAGAUGAAAAAUGAACAUAUUUAAAAAGGAAAU